AUGAGGCAGAACAAUCAGUCUUCGCUGGCUGACUUUAUUCUAGAAGGGCUCUUUGAUGACUCCCUCACCCAUGUCUUUCUUUUCUCCUUGACCCUGGUGGUCUACCUUGUUGCUGUGUGUGGCAAUUCCCUCACCAUUUUUCUCAUCUGUGCUGACCCCCGGCUCCACACCUCUAUGUACUUCCUGCUCAGCCAGCUCUCUGUCAUGGAUCUGAUGCACGUCACCAUAACCAUCCCCAAAAUGGCUACCAACUACCUCACAGGCAGGAAGUCCAUCUCCUUUGUGGGUUGUGCUACCCAGCAUUUCCUCUAUUUGUGUGUGGGAAGUGCUGAGUGUGUUCUCUUGACUCUCAUGUCCUAUGAUCAUUAUGUUGCUAUCUGUCAUCCACUGCGCUAUGCUAUUCUCAUGAACAGGAGGGUGGCUCUGAUGAUGGCUGUCAUGUCAUGGCUGGUAGCAUCCUUUGAUGCCCUCAUUCACACUGUGAUCUUGAUGCAUUUCCCUUUCUGUAAGUCUCGCAAAAUCCACCAUUUCUAUUGUGAGUUUCCAGCUGUUGUGAAGUUGGUAUGUGGAGACAUCUCUGUUUAUGAAAUGACAGUUUACGUCAGCACUGUUCUGAUUCUCCUCCUCCCCAUCCUCUUGGUCUCUAUAUCCUAUACUUUUAUUAUCCGAAGUGUCUUUCAAUUGCAUUCAGCUGGCAGUAAGAGAAAUGCUUUUGCCACUUGUAGCUCUCACUUCACUGUAGUAUCUCUAUGGUUUGGUGCAGGAAUCUUCUCCUAUAUGAGACCCAGGUCCCUGCGCACUCCACUGCAAGACAAGGUUGGCUCUGUGUUCUAUAGCAUUAUUACCCCGGCACUCAAUCCUCUGAUUUAUACUCUCAGGAAUAAGGAUGUGGCUAAGGCAGUGAGGAGAGUGUUGGGCAGAGAUACUGUUACUCAGUGA